AUGCAAACACCCCUCAAUACUCUUUCCAUCAAGCUGACGUCUCUUCCAGUCCAAACGACAAUGUCAUACCCAGAUCCAAUGCAACAUGGCCAGUCCACAACACCAUACCCACCUCCAAUGCAAUUGGCUCAGGGACCGUUGCCAUACCCACUUUCAAUGCUACCAGGCCAAUCAACUACGUCGUGCUCACCUCCUAUGCAACCUGGUCAAUCAACAACUUCAUACCCACAUCCGAUGCCACCGGCCCAGGAGACAGUUGCAUACCCACCUCCAAUGCCACCGGAUCAGGGACCGAUGUCAUACCCACCUCCAAUGCUAACUGGCCAACCAGGCCAAAUGACACCGUUCCAGCUACCCCAAGCACCAGCUCAAGCAACAAUGUCAUCCACACCUCAAAUGCAGCCAGACGGAGGGGCAAUGUCACAGGUACCUCAAAUGCUACCGACGCCCUUCACCACCCCAUCGGCUUAUGAUCAGACUGCUCCCCAGUCCAAUGAUAGGCCUAUAGUCGAGCCUCUAGUCGUGUGGUGCGUCUGCAUCCCUGGUGACGGCUCCCCUAUCCACAGAAAGAUGAUCGAGAUCGUCACUGGAGAAAACGACCCGACUUAUUACAUGCCCGCACUACAGAAUUGGUGGCCGAAAGGGGAUCCGACUGCGAAGGCUGUGUACCCAACCCUACAUGCACCAUUCGAUCCUGCACCCCUGGGCGGCUACUACUUCCUCUUUACCAUCGUCGAUGCCGUUACCAUCCCUUGCAAUGCCUGGCUUGGGCACCGUACCUGCGGCGACGCAUUCCUUCUGAAAAUCAACGAGUUCCUAUGCAAGCCUAGGUCUGGACAUACGGCACUUCGGUACGCGAUCUAUCAAAGUGUGCCGGAAGACAUGAUUGUGAGCCCGUUGUUAGCGGAAAUAAUGCGGCCAAUAGAGUGGAUGAUUUUGCCACCGCAUGACCGUAUAGUGAGGUUGGGAUUUGCCAGGGCCAUGAGAGAGAGGGAGGAAACGCAGCCAAGGGAGAACGAAGAGAAUGACAAGGAGAACGGAGAGACUAACAGGGAGAACGAAGAGAGGAACAGGGAGAACGGAGAGACUGACAGGGAGAACGAAGAGAGGAACAAGGAGAACGGAGAGACUAACAGGGAGAACGAAGAGAGAAACCAGGUGAGGGGACAAAAGAGACAGGGAACUUUCAAGAAGAGAAAAAGGAUUACCAAGCUGGAACAGAGGAGGAGGGAUCACGAGGAGAGGAAGAGGUAUAGGGAACAGAUGAGGAGGGAAUUGGAGGAGAAGCAGAGGGACUGGGAUAUGAUGACGAGCGAACAAAGAGAGCUGAUAGAGUCGAAGAAAGAUCAGUUGGAGAAAGAAUUGAGGGAGAGGGAACGGGAGGAGAUCAGGAGGGAGACAGCUCAGAGGCAGAUUGAGAGGGAUCAGAGGAAGUGGGAGAGGCUGGAAAGGCAGGACAAGGAACAGAAAGGGAUGGUACAGAGGGAGAGGGAGAGAGAGAGGGAGAGAGAGAGGAAAGAGAGGGAGGAGAGCGACGAGAGGGUGCAGCACGAGAGGAUAGAGUAUGAACGGGCAUUUGCGGCGGAAGUUAUGCGUAAAUAUGUUUAUGGGCUUCGACCAGGGAUGGCCACAACGCCGGACCCAUCAUCUGAAGCGAGACAUGCUCUUACACCUUCUGAAGCGGCUCAUCAUCCACCAAGGCUGCCUUUAGUGAAUCAGCCAACUGCGAAUGAGCGUCCUCAAAUGCCUAUCUCUGAUGCUGGCCGCGAUGAGCGUCGAGAGGCAUACGAAGCACCAGCGAGGGAAGUGGAGGUUCAUGAAGAUUACGACGUCAUUGAGGGAGGCUGGCGACAUGCUUCUUCAGCGUAUGAUCCACUCAUCAUCACCGGAUCCGCCCCUUACGAUAAUCCCCUGCCCUUAAUUGAAGAGCAGGAUGCGUCUACGGGUAUUAACCAACCCGGACAUCUUGAUCCCCCAGAGCCACCAUUUGAAGAACGCUAUGGGUUCGCACCUUUCGACAGUUUCGCUCCUUACGAUAAUUUCUUGCCCUCAAUUGAAGAGCAGGAUGCGUCUACAAGUAUCAACCAACCCGGACUUCUCGAUCCCCCAGAGCCACCAUUUGAAGAACGCUAUGGGUUUGCACCUUUCGACAGUUUCGCCCCUUACGAUAAUCUCUUGCCCUUGAUUGAAGAGCAGGAUGCCUCUCCGAGUGUCAAUCAACCCGCGCCUCACGAGCCCCCAGAGCCGUCAUUUGAAGAACGCUAUGGGCUUGCACCCAUUGAGAGUCUCGCCCCCUACCAUAGUCUCUUGCCCUCAAUUGAAGAGCAGGAUGCCUCUCCGAGUAUCAACCAACCCGCGCCUCACGAGCCCCCAGAGCCGUCAUUUGAAGAACGCUAUGGGCUUGCACCCAUUGAGAGUCUCGCCCCCUACCAUAGUCUCUUGCCUUCAAUUGAAGAGCAGGAUGCCUCUCCGAGUAUCAACCAACGCGCGCCUCACGAGUCCCCAGAGCCGUCAUUUGAAGAACGCUACAGGUUUACACCCAUCGACAGUCUCGCGCCUCACGAUACAAUUGGGUCAUUAUUUGAUGAAAAUUAUGCAGUUGCGAGCCCCAAUCAACCCACGCCUCACGAUACAAUUGGGUCAUCCUCUGGAGAACGCCGUGGGUUUACACCUAUCGAGCAACCCGCGUCUCACGAUAUCGAUGAGCCGUCAUCUGGAGAACUGCAUAGGUUCACAGGCAUCUACGGACCUGGGCUUUACGACUCUCCUGAGCAGCUGUUUGGAGGGCAGAAUGCAUCUACACAGAACAAGCCUCCUGAUCAACAGGAAUCUCAAUAA